AUAUUUCCUGAAAGAUGGGAACAACAUUCUCUUGUUCAGCUCAUAUGGAUUUUACCUGCGAACGACGUAGCAGAGGCAGCAAAAACAAGCUGCCGCCAUGACCUCUUCCCAAAAUGAGGUCGAGACGAUAUCGGAAAAACUGAAAGACAUUUCACUGAAGGAGCAACAGCUUGAACACAGAAAGAAAAUCUUGAUGGUAUCCCAGGAGCUAAGGAAUCGGGCUAAAUUUGAAGAAGCAGAAGACUCAGCUGCUACCCAACAAAAGAUCAAUUCUAUUGACAAUGAAUUGAAAGAACUCAGGAUAAAGAAGGCUGAACUGCAAAAGAACUAUGACAAUAUAGUUCAUGCAAAAGAUGUGAAAAUCAAAAACGAUAUUAAGCGCGAGUCCAACCAGCAGCUUGAUAAAGUCUUCUUUGUUGAACCUCCUCCUUCUUCUCCCGCCCCUGUCGUGAUUCUGGAUGUUGAAAAUCUUCCUACACAUCCAACUAAGACACAGUGCCCAGAGUGCAUGGAGUUUGUCACCACGGAGACUUUCUCUUCCGUCAGCAGCGUGACAUGGCUUGUUUGCAUUAUGUCAGCUAUGAUAGGCUGCGCGGCCGGUUGCUGCCUGCUUCCCUUCUGCAUGGACAGGUUCAAGACCACAACGCACAGAUGUCCAAAGUGUCGGUCGAAAAUCACAACCAUCAAAAAGCUCUGAGAGGAGAAGCAACCGGUGAGCAACUGAAGCACAUGCCGAGAAAACGCUGGACCAGCAGCUGCUGGCGAUUUAGAAAACUGCUGMGAGGAUCUGCUGAAGCGUUUGUCCUCUAUUAUGCAGGGCAUGCUGAAAAGAAUUCACGUCUAAGGGUUUAUGUUUGUGAACUAACAAAAUGAAAUCUUGGCUGAAUGGAUUUAAUGAAGCACACAUCUCAAUAGGUAUAGCUGGGUAUAUUGCAUGUAAAUAUGUAUUAUAAUAGAUCUAUAAAAUGUAUGAAAUUUACCAUUUCAAUUUUAAACUACCUGAGAACUUCURCUAAUCUUAAAGUAGUUCUUUAAGCAGACUGUGAAGCUGUGGGCAUUUUAUCGCCUCUUCAGAAGGAUUUGAAUCUCGUCUUUGAAAGAUCAGAAUAUUUUAGAUAGAAAUCCAGUGGACUCUGGCAGGAAACUGAAAAUGGGCCAAAAGAUGAACGAACCCAGGGCUCGGAAUGACGAGAGAGACUUUGCAACGGGAAAUAAUAUGGAAUCUUUUUUUUCUUCUGUAUUCUCUAACCUUGUGAAACGCUAUAAUAGAAUAUUAUUAUGGGUUGUACAAAGUCCUGACAGCAGUACAAAACAAGUGUGGAUAUGGGAAUGUUUCAUUCGCUGAACAAAUGUACUCAAAUUAAAGUUUGUUUUUUCUAGAAUUAAAAACUAUAAMUUCUCAUGUAAGAAGAAAUGAAAAUAUGYUCAAGCUUUUCAUACAUCUUUGCCAGGUGCGACUUUAAAUGUGUCUGGCAAUGGAUAUGCAUGUAGUGAGCUGUUCAAUAAAGAAACAUAAGAACCGA